AUGUACGACUGGGAUCCUGGCGAUGUGGACCUUGCGAACGUUCGGGAUCGACUGUCGAACACAACCAAUGGCUACUCUUUCGUGUCCGAUCCAGCCAACGGAUUAGAAGAUGCUUAUUUGGAGCUCUUUAUGAGGGCUUGCGUCUCUCCUGUAGAUGGUUUGCUCCGAAAGUAA